AUGUUAAUGACAACCGAGGAGAGGACGCAAUACGUUAUGAAAUGGAGGCACAAGCUCAGAUUACCAUUCUGCAUGAAUAGCGAGCAUUGCUACUUCCACAUCAGCCCCAACAUCGUCGUAUUUCAACAAUUCACCCCUGGCAUGUACUUGAGCGUGAUGGUGACGAUUCGAAACGUGACGCCGGUAUCGAGAUACGUGAAAAACAUCUACGAGACUAAUCCUUUCUUCGCCGUGGAAUUUUGUGGUGCCAAUUUCUCGACGAUGAUCGCGCCUGGUCUCUCCGUUACUUACAAAGUGAAAUUCAUGCCCGAGAGAAAGGAAGAUUAUCAAUAUCAGUUAAAAUUCGCGACAGAUAUUGGAGACAUAAUCAUACCUGUCAUAGCGAUCAGUCCGAGAGGGAUCUUGGAUUUUCCCGAUCGUAUCGAGAUACCGGCUACAGCGGCCAAGAUCCCCUCUUUGAAAACGAUAUUUGUGCGCAAUGUGGGGGAUAUAGCAGCUGCUUUCACUCUUUAUACCGACAACCCUUGCUUCUGGAUCGAGCCUUCGAAGGGAAGAAUAGAGGAGGAGGAAUCGCUUCAGUUUAUCGUACACUUUUUGUCCAACAAGGCUGGAGAUUUCGAGGCGAACCUGUUCCUCGAAUACGACACCGGUGAAAAGUUGUGUAUCGAUCUGCAGAGUUCGGCCGAAAAUUGUCAAAUUCGAAUCGACAGAGGCACAGUCAGAUUGGAGGAGACAUUCUUGGGCCUGUCGAGGAGCAAGACCCUGUUGAUCCACAAUAGAAGCAAUUACACGGUCAAGUAUAAGUGGAUGCUUUUCGAGAGCAUCGAGGCGGACAACGAGCGAAAAGAACAUUACAAGAAAUUGAGCCAACUGAUUUACGAGAACGAGCUGCCCCGUUGCGUCAACCUCGAUUAUUACAACGUGUGUACACCUAAUAUCCAUAAACUGAUUUAUCAACGUAUCUACACGGAUCAGCUCGAGUCGCUGGUGAAAGAAACGUUCGAGUAUAAAAACAUGUAUUUCUUUCUCUCACCCAUAGAGGCAGAAAUUUGGCCGCAAUCGUCCAUCGAAGUGACAGUCUAUUUUCGCGCGGUGGAGCUCGGUGAAAUAACGAGCACCGCUUAUCUAGAGGUAACUGGUCGCGAAGAAAGGAUACCAGUGACUCUUUACGGAACAGGGAAAGGACCGAUUUUACAGUUGAACGUUCUCACCAUCGAUUUGAGCAACAUCUACAUGUGUUCCGUGCACAAUUACGAGAUAAUAGCUGGGAACAGAGGGCACAUUUGCGGAACACUGAUUUACAAGGAAAAGCCAACCGAUUUCGGUGGCACGAUCAACGUGACACCCCCCAGUCUCAAUCUGAAACCGGACGAGCUGAAAUCCUUCAAUUUGUCGUUUUCCUCGAAUUAUAAGGGGAUCGAUGGAGGAAUGAUCUACCGGUCGACACGACACGAGACACCCCUUCUCACGAUGCGUCGCCUCUUUGCGUGUUACAGGGGUUGCAUCAUAUGCCCGACUCUGCACUUCGACAAGGAGAGCCUCGAUUUCGGGACGACGGCCCUCGGUUUCAGUACGAGGCAAGACGUAUAUUUGCAUAAUCUAGCCCUGAUACCAGUUGCCUUCACCUUAACCGUGCUGAACGACGGGGAUGAAGUGGCAUUGACUCACGAAGAGUUCGCGAGAAGUCAAACGAAACCGUCCUUCCCGAGCAAUCCCCGAGAAUUCGAGGUCUCGCCCGAGGAAGGGGUUGUAGCUUCCAACGAUUCCAUGAGAAUCAAGCUGAUUUACACGGCCAAUAUCGCGCGCAUCGGUCACACGAUGAUUCAAGUCGACAUGUGGGAUUCCGGCUCUCACCCCGUCCUGUUGCCGAUCACAUUCAGCGGCAAAGUGUCUCCAUUGACGAUCGUUCCCCAGGACAUCACGGUCCGAUUCUGCUUCCUCAAUUAUCCGUAUUCCAGAACCAUCGACGUGACCAACAAUUCGGACAUAGACGGAUACUUUUAUUUCAUACCGCAACAAGUCACGGAAGACGAAACGAUGAUAUGCUCGUUCUCCAAGUAUCAAGGAUACGUGAAAUCUCACAAAUCGUGUACAAUCGAUGUCACUAUUAUGAUGAAGGAUUUAGGCACUUACACACUCACGUUAAAGUAA